GACUUCUCUAACAAGUUGAAAGCAACAGCAUAUACAAAACAUUUUCUUUAAACUCAAUCUGCAAAAUGAAACAGAGCUAUAUAUGGUAGCAAAAAAUUCACCAAAACAUCAUACAUGCUAGAUUUGUAAGCUCCAUUACUGAAAUGAAAUGGCAGAUAGUGCAGUAUCGUUUGUUGUGGAACAGCUGUACCAACUUCUAAGAGAAGAAGGAAAUCUGUUGAAAGGCCUUGGAAAUGAUUUUUCAGAUAUCAAACACGAAUUAGAGAGCAUCAAAGCCUUCCUGAAGGAUGCAGAUAGAAGAGCUGGAGAUGAAGGAGGUGAAGGAGAUACUCAUGAAGGAAUAAAAACAUGGGUGAAGCAGUUGAGAGAAAUAUCUUUUUGCAUAGAAGAUGUCAUUGAUGAAUACAUAAUGGAUGUGGCAUAUAGGGCCAACCACCAUCCACCAUGCAUAGCUUCACUCCAAAAGAUUGCUCACCAAAUCAAAACCUUGAAGUCACGUCAUCGGAUUGCUUCUAAUAUUCAAGAUAUCAAGUCAGCAGUUCAAGGAAUCAAGGAAAGAAGUGAAAGGUACAAGUUUCAAUCUACAUUUGAAGAUGGAUCAUUGAAUAGUUCUAAAGGGGCAAAAGAUUUCAAAUGGGGUGACCCAAGAAUGGCUUCACAUUUCAUUGAAGAAACUGAAGUGGUGGGAUUCGAACUCCCAAGGGAUGAGUUGAUCGGUUGCUUAAUAAAAGGAACCGACCAACUCUCAUUGAUUUCUGUGGUAGGCAUGGGAGGACUUGGAAAAUCCACUCUUGCUAAACAUGUUUUCAAUAAUCAACAAGUGAAAAGACACUUUUAUUGUCGUUCUUUCAUCACAGUUUCUCAGUCAUACACUGUGAGGGAGAUAUUGACAGAAAUGGUACAAAAGUUUUGCAAGGACGCUAAUGAGCCUAUUCCGAAAGGAUUACACAAUAUGGAUGAUGAGACAUUGGUAACAGAAUUGAGGCAAUACCUUCAGUCAAAGAGGUAUUUGGUGUUGUUUGAUGAUGUCUGGAAAGAAAAUUUUUCUGAUGAGAUUGAACAUGCCUUGCCUAAUAACAGAAAAGGAAGUAGAAUCAUAAUCACCACUAGAAACAUGGACGUUGCAGAGUAUUUUAAGAAAUCAGUUGUUGUUCAUGUUCACAGACUCCAGCAUUUGUCUCCAGACAAAGCAUGGGAGCUCUUUUGCAAGAAGGCAUUUAGAUUUGAGCCCAGUGAGCAAUGUCCAACUGAGCUUGAGGACAUGUCAAAGGAAAUUGUUCAAAAAUGUGGAGGGCUACCACUAGCAAUUGUUUGUAUGGGAGGUCUUUUGGCAACAAAAGAAAAAAGCAUACUUGAAUGGAGAAAGGUGUGUCAGAAUCUGAGAAUGGAGUUAGAGCGCAAUACACAUUUAAAUAGUUUGAAAUGGAUUUUAUCUCUUAGUUAUGAUGAUCUUCCUCACAAUUUGAAAUCAUGCAUGCUGUAUUUUGGUGUAUAUCCGGAGGACUACUCUAUCAGUCGCAAGAGAUUAACCAGGCAAUGGAUGGCUGAAGGGUUCAUCAAAAAUGAGGAGAGAAGACCAAUGGAGGAUGUUGCUGAAGAGUAUCUGACACAGUUAAUAAGUAGAAGUUUGGUUCAGGUUUCCAGAGUUGGCUUUGAUGGUAAAGUUAAAAGUUGUCAAGUCCAUGAUUUAUUGCGUGAUAUCAUCAUCAGAAAAAUGAACGAGUUAAGUUUUUGCCACUUGAUGCGUGAAGAUGAUGAAUUAGACACAGUUGAAAAAACUAGAAGGUUUUCCAUAGCUUCUUGUUCCAAAAAUGUGUUAAGGGAAACCAGUAACUCAGGCAUUCGUGCUAUUUAUGUUUUCAAGAAAAGUGAAUUGCCUGAAGAUUUUGUGGGUAGCUUAUCUGCCAAGUUUAAGCUUUUGAAAGUUCUUGAUUUUGAAAGCACUAUGUUAGAUUCUGUGCCUAAUAAUUUGGGGAAUCUCUUCCACCUGCGGUACCUAAACUUGAGCCAUACAAAAGUAAAGAUUCUUCCUAAAUCCGUUGGUAAGUUGCUGAACUUGGAAACCUUGGAUCUAAGACAGACACAAGUGCAAGUGCUACCAAGAGAGAUAAAAAACCUGACAAAAUUAAGACUUCUCCCAGUCUACUAUAGAAAAUAUGAAGGACAGUACUCUAUGUUGAAUUUCACAACUGGGGUGAAAAUGCAAAAGGGUAUUGGAUGCUUGAAAUCCUUACAGAAGCUUUACUUUUUGGAGGCUGAUCAUGGUGGAUUAGAGCUUAUGCAAGAGCUCAAGAUGUUGAAACAGUUAAGGAAGUUAGGUAUAAGGCGAGUGAAAACAGAAUAUGCAAAUGCUCUAUCUAGUGCAAUAGGGGAGAUGAAGCACCUUGAAUCUCUCAAUGUAAGUGCUAAAGAUCAGGAUGAAAUAAUUGACUUGAAUUUUUUAUCAACUCCAACCUCCCUUCUGGUGUUGAAUUUGAAAGCUCGAGUUACAAAGUUUCCUGAUUGGAUUCCAAAACUUAAGUAUCUUGUUAAGUUAAGGCUUGGUUUAUCUAAUUUGGAAGGAGAUCCAUUGGACUCACUGAAAGAUUUGCCAAGUUUGUUGCGACUCAAUAUGUGGGACAAUGCAUAUAUUGGUGAAAGUUUGCACUUCAAAAGAGGAGGAUUUCGAAGGUUGAAGGAACUGGAUCUCACUCGAUUAAGCAGAUUAAAUUCUAUAUCUAUAGAUGAAGGAGCUUUGCUUGGUCUUAAACACUUCAGAUUUAAAGAUAACCCCCAGAUGAAGGUGGUACCUCAUGGCCUCAAACACUUGAAAAACCUUCAAUUUCUUGGGUUUGCUGAUAUGCCAGCUGAAUUAGUAGAAAGCAUUGAUCCAGAAAAAGAUGGACAAGAUUAUUCAGUUAUCAAGCAUAUUCCCCUUGUUCUCAUUCGUCAGAAUGUGGGACCAAAAUUCCAUGACUAUGAGUUGCGUGCUAUUCCCACAUUAGUCACUGUCAGUACGACUGAAAUGGCAGAAGCUGCGAUUUCUUUUGCAUUGGGAGAAGUUUUCCAAAUUCUAAAGGAAGAAAAAAACCUUCUAAGUGGCAUUAACAAAGAGUUUUUAGACAUCAGAGAUGAACUAGAAAGCAUCCAAGCCUUCCUCAAAGAUGCAGAUAGAAAGGCAGCAGAUGAAGCAAACACCAAUGAUGGAAUAAGAACUUGGGUAAAGCAGGUCAGAGAAGUCUCAGUUCGCAUAGAAGAUGUCAUCGAUGAAUACCUCAGGGUGAUUCAUCAGGUCCCCCGUCAUGGAUUUGGGGCUUCAAUUUGCAAGAUUACAAACCUGAUAAGAACAUUGCUUUCUCGUCAUCAGAUCGCCGUCGAGAUUCAGGACAUUAAAUUGUCACUUUCUUUAAUCAAGGAAAGAAGUGAAAGGUAUAAGUUUCAAAUUUCACAAGAAAAACCAUCAAGCAGUAGCACUGGAAGGAUAGAAGGUAGUGGAAGGAAUGAUCACGGAAUGGGUUCCCUUUUCAUUGAAGAAACAGAAAUUGUAGGAUUUGAAUUACCAAGAGAUGAAUUGCUUAGUCUGUUGUUGGAGGGCAAAAAAGAACGCACAUUGAUUUCAGUGGUAGGGAUGGGGGGUCUUGGAAAAACUACCCUUGCCAAACUCGUUUUUGACAGUGAAAACGUAAAAGUCCACUUUGAUUGCCGUGCUUGCAUCACAGUUUCUCAAUCAUACACUGUGAGAGGGAUAUUCACAGACAUGAUCAAGCAAUUUUGUAGGGAGACAAAAGACCCUCUUCCAGAAAUGUUAGAAGAGAUGGACGAGAAGACGCUGAUUUCUGAAUUGAGGCAAUACCUGGAGCAUAAAAGGUAUUUGAUAUUUUUUGAUGAUGUAUGGCAUGAAGAUUUUUGUGACCAAGUUGAACUUGCCAUGCCUAGUAACAAUAGAAGUAGCAGGAUCAUAAUCACCACUAGAAUGAUCCAUGUUGUUGAGUUUUUCAAGAAAUCCUUUCCUCUUCAUGUUCACAACCUACAACCAUUGCCUUCUGAAAAAGCAUGGGAACUCUUCUGCAAGAAGGCAUUUAAAUUUGAGCUUGAUGGCCAAUGUCCGGCAGAGCUUAAAGGAAUGUCAAAUGAAAUUGUUGGAAAAUGCAAGGGGUUACCUUUGGCGAUUGUGGCCAUUGGUGGUCUACUUUCAACAAAAUCAAAAACUGUGUUCGAAUGGCAAAAGGUGAGUCAAAAUCUCAACUUGGAGUUGCACCGUAAUGCCCAUUUAACUAGAUUAAAAAAGAUUUUAUCUCUUAGUUAUGAUGACCUGCCUUACUAUCUGAAACCAUGCAUAUUGUAUUUUGGUAUAUAUCCUGAGGACUCCUCCAUUAAUCACAAGAGGUUAACUCGGCAAUGGAUAGCUGAAGGGUUUGUUAAAUCCGAUGGGAGAACUUUAGAGCAAGUUGCGGAUGAGUACUUAUCUGAGUUAAUUUAUAGAAGUCUGGUUCAAGUCUCCUGGGUUGGGUUCGAAGGGAAAGUUAAAAGUUGUCGAGUUCAUGAUUUAUUACACGAAUUGAUCGUAAGAAAAAUGAAGGAUUUGUGUUUUUGCCAUUUUGUGCAUGAAGGUGAUGAUGAAUCAGCGACGAGUGCAUCAAGUAGACGCCUAUCUAUAGACACCAGUAUCAACAAUGUGUUGAAAAGCACCAACUUCACACACAUCCGUGCACUUCAUGCAUUUGGAAAAGGAGGAGCGGUUGAGCUUUUUACAGGUCUCUUGGCUUCAAAGUCUAGGGUUUUGAAAGUACUAGACCUUGAAAGUACAUCUUUAAACCAUGUUCCUAGGAAUAUAGGGAAUAUUUUCCACUUGAAGUACCUAAAUCUAAAGAGGACUAAAAUACGGUCUAUUCCCAAAUCUGUUGGUAGGUUACAGAACCUAGAGACCUUGGAUAUAAGAGAAACUCUUGUUCAUGAGUUACCAAGUGAGAUAAACAAGCUCAAAAAGUUAAGGCAUCUUCUUGCUUUCCAUCGAAACUAUGAAGCAGCAUAUUCUCUUUUGGGAUUUACAACUGGUGUGCUGAUGAAAAAGGGUAUAAAAAACUUGACUUCUCUUCAAAAUCUUUGCUAUGUGGAGGUAGAACAUGGAGGAAUAGAUCUCAUUCAAGAGUUGAUAUUCUUGAAGCAGUUAAGAAAGUUAGGCUUGAGGAGUGUUAGGAGGGAACAUGGAAAAGCAAUAUGUGCUUCAGUGGCAGAGAUGACACACCUUGAAUCACUGAAUAUCACAGCAAUAGGUGAGGAUGAAAUCAUUGACCUGAACUCUAUAUCAUCCAUACCCCAACUUCAACGGCUUCAUUUGAAAGCAAGACUGGAGAAGAUGCCUAAUUGGAUUUCAAAACUAGAGUUUCUUGUUAAGAUGAGGCUGGCUUUAUCCAAUUUAAAAGAUGAUCCGUUGAGAUCGCUGGAAAAUUUGCCUAAUUUGUUGAAGCUUACUAUCUGGGACAAUGCCUAUGGUGGUGAAAUCUUGCAUUUUCAAAGUGGAGGGUUUCGAAAAUUGAAGGAGCUGAAUCUGGCUCGCUUGAACACAGUAAGUGCUAUCCUCAUAGAUAAAGGAGCUCUGCUUUCUCUAGAAUAUGUCAAAAUUACCAAAAUCACUCGUAUGAAAAAGGUACCCUCAGGCAUCAAAGCCUUGUAUAACCUUAAAGUUAUUGAUUUCUGUGAUAUGCCAACUGAACUUGUUGAGAGCAUUGAUCCACAAAACGGCCAAGAUUAUUGGAUCAUCAAUCAUGUUCCACUUGUAUUCAUUCGUCGUUGGAUGGGACCAAAACUCAAUGAUUUUGAAGUCCGCAUUGUUCACUCGUCUACUAAAGAAUCAUUAACAAACUGAUAAUGCUUUGACGUCUAUUAUGAAGGCUGUCGGAGCUGCUCUUUAAAGCUUGUAUUCGAGACUUCUUCAAUUGAAUGGACAAUUUCAUCUUGGUAAUAAAUGCAAUUAGCAUUAUCUUUUCCUCAAGAUUUCCACAUUCUUUCAGUUUCAAAUUAACAUGAAUGUGUCAAAGCAAAAUGUAGAAUGUUAAUGGAUUCUGUAGGCUUGGGAAGUUGUUUUGGAUGCAUGGGCACCUGCGAUGGAUUCUGUAUUUUCAUUAUAUUUAUAAUGUAUUUUUUUACAUAAUUAGCAUCACAUCAUUUCGUUAUAAUAAUUAUAAUUGUAUCAUC